AUGAGGACUGAGUGCCGAUUACCUUCCCCCUCCCACCGGACAGCACUGGCCUAAUUCUCGCCGCCCUACAGGACCACCCGGCCACAAACGGCAAUGGCGUGACCGGGAUUUGUACCCCGGUUAUAGCGACACAGUUGCACUCUAAAGCAGGUCCCUAGACCAUUGAGAGAAUACAAGUUUAACAACACCUUGUUGUCUCCUUACAGGCCACAUCGGAUACAUGCUACAGUGAAAGAGGGCAUCAAGGAGCACAUUCUAUCUUUCCCAAUAACCCAGAACCACUACUCACGGAUGAAGGGGGAUGUACACAGAGAAUACCUCAGCCCUGAUCUGAAUUUGUUGCGAAUGUACCGACUCUACAAAGAGAAUAAUACCACAUCAUCUGCAAAAUUCUGGGUUUAUAGGGACAUUUUCAAACAGCAGAGUCUCAAUUUCGGCCAACCCAGGAGUGACACCUGUGGCAAAUGUGACGCAUUCUUCACUAAGAUGUCAGCAGCAACAUCUGGAGAGGAAAAGAGGAAGAUUGCAGUUGAAAGUGAGUUACACCAUCGAAAAGCCGAAAAGGCCUACACACAGCUUCAAAGUGACACUGAGUGGGCUAAAGCCAAUGCUGACUGCCAUGUCAUUUCUGUGGAUCUACAGGGGGUGAUGUACACCCCUAAUCUGACCCACUCCAAUGUCUGCUACCAGCGGCAGCUGUCAAAUUUUAACUUUUGCAUCCAGGAACUUGGAAAAGAAGAUCCUGCAUACAUGUGUGUUUGGCAUGAGGGGAUUGCACACCGAGGGUCCAUUGAGGUGGCAAGCUGCAUAAUGAAGUGGGUGAAGACAAAACCAGAGGUGCGCAAGUUGAUCAUAUUCAGUGACAGAUGCUGUGGGCAGAAUAACAACUGGCGGAUGCUCAAUCUGAUGUCGAUGCUCGUCUCUAUGGGUUACUUUACCCAAGUUGAGCAGAAGUUCAUGGUCUCUGGUCAUUCUUUUCUUCCUUGUGAUCGAACUUUUGCCACCAUCGAGAAGAGGCGCAAGGUGUCAGUCCUUCAUACACCUGAUGAUGUUUCAAAGAUGAUACUUGAAGCACAACCAGCAAAACCAUUAAAGGUGAUGAGGAUGCAAUGUGAAGACUUCAGGCACCUCCCAGAUUCUGUCCUCAAGCGACCAGCUGGACUACAGAUCACCUCAGUGAGGUGGUUAAAAGUCACAGUUGAGGAUCCUUGGAAUCUGUACGCCAAACAGAGCCACAGUCUAUUUGAGGGAUGGAAGUUGUGGCUGAUCUCCAAACCAAAACAAGGAGCUACACCUCCCUAUUUUGCAAGCCACUACCCUAGAGCAUAUGAGAGUCCUCUGCCCAUCAAAAAAAACAAGUGAUGACCAUGCUGAUGACCUGCUCAACUACUUGCCAGCUGCUGCAUGCUUUUUUUAUGAAUCACUGCAGAGUGAAUCAUUUGUUGUUAAACCAAGCUACAUAAUUAAACGUUUUUUCUGUGAGUUUAUGAUCCCCUGAACCUGUAUAGUAUGUUGAAUCUGAAUACAUUUCAGAAGACAUGUUACCCAUAUUGUAGGAAAUUAAAUGUAUCGUAGGUGUUUUCUAUGUGAAUCAAUUUGUGUAUGAUUUGAACCAGCACAAUAUAUUGAAUUAAUUUAAUUUUAAGAUGUUGUUCCUAGUGUAGAAAAUGUUAUGUACAAUGUGUUCUGUUGAUAAUUAUUUUGUGUGAUCAUUUGAACCUUUUUUAAUCUGAAUGAAUUAAAAACAAAUAAGUCAUCACA